UCUCUGAAUUGCGCACAAAUUAAACACGACGCAGAUUCUGGAAAGUUGUGCAGACUUCUCGUUUUCUACCGCGAGGCGCCAGCCGGACCAGGCGCUGCGCAGACAGCCGCAAGGGUCCUCAUCUGGGCGGGGCUUGCUCGCGAUGGUUUGUGGUUCCUUCCUGCGCUGCUUCUCUCUUUCGCUCAGGUCCCUGGCGCCGGCAGCAUGGGCAAGUGUCGCGGUCUUCGUACUGCCAGGAAGCUCCGUAGCCACCGACGAGACCAGAAGUGGCAUGAUAAGCAGUACAAGAAAGCCCAUUUGGGCACAGCCCUGAAGGCCAACCCUUUUGGAGGUGCUUCGCAUGCCAAGGGAAUUGUGCUUGAAAAAGUAGGGGUUGAAGCCAAACAACCGAAUUCUGCCAUCAGGAAGUGUGUCAGGGUUCAACUAAUCAAGAAUGGCAAAAAAAUCACCGCCUUUGUACCCAAUGAUGGUUGUUUGAAUUUUAUUGAGGAAAAUGAUGAAGUUCUGGUUGCUGGAUUUGGUCGCAAAGGUCAUGCUGUUGGUGACAUUCCUGGAGUCCGCUUUAAGGUUGUCAAAGUAGCCAAUGUCUCUCUUUUGGCCUUAUAUAAAGGCAAGAAGGAAAGACCAAGAUCAUAAGUUUUGAUGAUGAAAGCAGGAUAGUAAUAAAUUUCCAUAUGCCAAAAAUA